AUGGCCCGGGCCGAAGGCAAUCCCCGGCUGGACGGCGACUCCCAGCAGCCCUCCGUCUUCAAGGUGGUUCUCCUGGGCAGCAGCUCUGUGGGCAAGUCCAGCCUGGCUCUGCGAUUCCUCAAGAACGACUUCAGGGAGAUCCUGCCGACCCUGGGCUGCGCCUUCUUCACUCAUAUGAUGGAAGUCGAUGGGAAAGCCUUGAAGCUGGAGCUCUGGGACACGGCGGGACAGGAGAAAUAUCACAGCGUUUGCCACCUCUAUUUUCGGGGUGCCAACGCCGCUCUCUUGGUUUAUGACAUUGCAAAUAAGGAUACUUUCCACAGGGCCCAGAACUGGUGGAAGGAGCUGGAGAAUGAGUUUCAGCCUGAAGAAAUUGUUGUGAUUUUGGUAGGCAACAAGACAGAUCUUGAGGAUUCUCGGGAAGUGACAUUUGAGGAAGGAAAAACAUUUUCAGAAAGUAACAAGUUAUUGUUCAUGGAAACAUCGGCCAAACUAAACCACCAAGUGACCGAAGCCUUCACUGCUGUAGCUCGGGAGUUAUUACAAAGGGAAGAACAACAUGGAGGCCAAGCUCAGCGGAAGAGCCCCUCGGUUGAUCUGGAGAAUUCAACCAGUCAAAGAAAGGCCAAAUGCUGCCUGGACUAGGGGGAGGUGGGUCCCAUGGGAGCCCUCCCCCAAAUCUGGCUUCCUCUUGGGCUGCUGUCAUGAAGACGAAUCUCCCCACCAAGACCUGAUGGUUUGGCCUUUGCCAAUGGAUUGACCUACCUUGGCUAUGGCAGCAUGGGCUUUGAAGGCAGUUCCUGAGAUGUUGGACUUGCUGCCUGUCGGCCCCCUCCCAGGAAUCCAAGGAAAAUCACCGGCUCUCAAAGAGACGUUUCCUGGAAGAGACUGUGGGGGAGGAAUGGGUCGAGGUUCCGGGAGGAAGCCCUGAGUCAGAGCCAGAACACCUGGGUGGCUCCAUCCCUGGGCAGCUUCUCGGGGACACCACGGCCUCUCCCUGCCAGGGCAUCACCGACUUAGAGCUGAGCAGGAACGUGGAGGACUUCUGGCCCAAUCCCCUCAGAUUAUGGAUGAGAAAAUGGAGGAAGAGAGUGUGUAAGGGAUCAGCAAAGGCUGAGGCAGACGCUAAGCGCUCUAACCACUGCCCUGCCCAGCUGCCUCCUGACUGCAUUAGGGACUUCCCCUCAGUGUCUGGCACCAGCUGGGCACACCAUCUGCAGGUAGCCAGAAGGAGCUAAAACGGGAAGGGCAGGAGUGAGAAUGGGGGAAACUGUUAAAGGGGUCUAAAUUCAUGUCUUCAUCAAUGUGCUCGUUCUCAGAGUCUUGGGAAGGCGUGUCUCAAAUCGCUUUUAGCAUUUUGGACCCGUUUCCUUUUCAGUAAAUUGUAAUAACCCCUGUGCAUCAUCACAUGGAAGUCUCACACUUACUAAUGGUGUCAAGUCAUUGUUAACCUCCCUGGGCCUCAGUUCCCCAAUCUGUAAAAUGAGGGGGUUAGCUAAACGGUCUCUAUGUGCCCUUUCAGCUCUAAUGAUACCUGUGUCGCCCACUCCCUCCCUCCUGGGGCUGAUGGGAAUAAAGUACUCUGUAAAUCCCAAAGGAAUAAGAAACAUGUUCAGUUGGUCAGUCAGUCAGUCAGUCAGCAGACGUGUGUUAAGUACAUACUGUGAGCCCCCUGGAAAAGCAAAUAGAAGUAAAAAGGAAGUUGGGCCCUCCUCUCAGGGAGCUUCCACUCUAAUGAGGUCAAAAGUAAAAGGAAGCUGAGCAGUGGGGGGUGGGCAGCCUGCUGGGCAUGAGGGAGACCUCCAGUGGGAAAGGAAGAGGUUGUUAUUAAUAA